AUGUCUUCAGAAUCUACAGUAACAAAACCAACAUUUUCACCAAAUCGUACACGUUUAAAAACUUCUGAUCAAAAUAAUUCUAAUGAACAUGAAUUAUCAUCUUCAGCAGCAAGUGAAGAAAGUCAUACAUUAUUAUCUGAAACUGUAACAACAUUAGCAAGUAAUGUUUAUAAUGAAUUAGAACGUAUUAUAAAAAAUUUCGGUGAAAAUAGUGUAAAAGAUUUAAUGCCUGUUAUGAUAUCAACAUUAGAAUCACUUGAUAGUGCUCUAAAUGAACGUGAAGUUAGUAAACUUGAAAUUGAAUCAUUAAAAGAACAGAAUGAACAAUUAUUUCAACAAUAUGAACGUGAAAAAGGUUUUCAUAAAGAAUAUCAUCAGCGUUAUCUUCAAGUUGAAGAUCAUCUUGAAGAAAUGAAACGUGAAAAUGAUGAAAAAUUACAAAGUCUUGAAUCUAUUGUUAAAAUAUUUGAAAUAAAAGCACGAAAUGCAUCAGAUCAUGUUGCUCGUUUAGAAGAAAAAGAAAAUGAAAUGAAAACUGAAUAUAAACGAUUACAUGAACGAUAUUGUGAAUUAUUUAAAGCUCAUUGUGAUUAUAUGGAAAGAACAAAAAUUUUAUAUGGAACUGAUCGAUUAGAUCAGUUAUCUGCAACACAGAAUGCUCCACGUUCUCGAAGUAACCUUCCAUUAACAUCACAGCAACAAUCUCAAUUAUUAGACAAUAAACAAGCACCUUCUAAUGAAACAUUAACCGAUGAAAUGACUCCUCCACGUCCAGAUAUUUCUUUUCAAACUUUUAAACAACCAACUAUUGGUGUUAAUUUUCGUUCUGAACUUGAAGCUGCUGAUGGUAAACAGACUCAGACUGAAUCGAUGACCAGUAAUGAUGCAGCUGUAAAUACAGCUAAAUCGGCAAAAUCUACAUCAACAAUAUCAAUAACAAAUUCAUCAAAAAUGUCUGAUGAAACGCCUUUAAAAGAAUUCGCAUCAGGAAUAUUCUCGAAACUUCGAAGUCUCAAUCUACUAUCGGAACCGUUUGAUGAACAACAAUUCUUCGUUAAUGAAGAUGAAUUCGAACAGACAAACAAUACUGCAGAUGUUGCAGCUAGUGAUGAUGAUGAUGAUAUAUCAGCAAAUGAUGCGAAAAAUUCCGAAGCUUUUUAUAAAGAAACACAAAACGAAAAUAUCGAUAUAUCAGAUAUGGAUUCAUCAGCGGAUUUAUUUGUUCGACAAAGUUUUUACGGUAUGACAAAAGAAGUAUCAAAUUUAAUUAAAGAAAAUAAUGAACUUCUUGAAACAAAAAAUGCAUUGAAUGUACUUAAAGAUGAUUUAUUAGUAAAAAUUGAAGAAUUAACAAAUGAACAAGAAAUUCUUCGAGAAGAAGUUAGUUCAUUACAAACAGUUAAAAGUCGAUUACAAUCGAGAAUAACUGAAGUUGAAGAUGAACUUCGUAAAACACGUGAAGAACUUGAAAAAAAGAAAAAAGAAGAAGAGGAAGAUGUACCGAUGGCAGAUAGAAAGCGUUUUACUCGAGUUGAAAUGCAACGUGUUCUUCUUGAACGUAAUCAAUACAAACAACGUUUAUUUGAACUUGAAGAAGCUAUUCAUUGGCAAGAUGCUUUACGUGCAUCUAGACAAGAACAAAUGCAUACAACGUCAGCUAUGAAUACAAUGAAUGAUAGUGCAUUUGAUCAUACACAAAACAAGAAAAGAACAACAUUUUGGAAACUUUUUUCGGGAUUAUUUGGUGCUAGUGUUAAAGAUAUUCCACCAAAACGUACAGCUACAACAAAUCUAUCAUCACUUUCUACAACAAUUACACGUAGUCCAACAAAUGAUCAAAUAACACCAAUCAUCAAUAGACAAGAAAAUACAACAGAUGAAACUCAUCCAUUAGAACGAUCAAUAUCAGAGAGUACGACAGUUAUUGAUAUACCAAAACAAUCAUCAUCAUCAACACGUCGGAGUAGUUCAAUAUUAAUUAACGAUGAUAAUCGUCUUCAAGCAUAUGGUUGGAGUUUAUCAUCAAAAAAUCAAUUGAAAUUAUCUGAAAUAAAUGGUAGAGUUCAAGUUAAUGUACCUGUGCCGGUUUAUUGUCGACCAAUAUUUCAUACAAAUGAUACAACACAAAUAUGGUGUGCUGUUGGUAUUGAUCUCGAUGGUUCAUCAUUAACUAAUGAUGAUCUAUCAACAAUAAAUGAAACAUCUGUUGAUCAAUUAAAUAAACAAUUAAUUGAAUCAUAUCAUCAAAUGAUUGAUGAACAAUUUUUAAAAUUAUCAUCAAUUGUUUGGAUUGCUGCUAAAUCAAAUGAUACAGCUAUGAUUACAAUUAUUGAUGCAAAUAAAGCUGAAAAAAUUAUUGAUACAUUUACAUUAGGAAAUACUAUUGUUUAUACUAUGGGUAGUGUUCCAGGACCAUCAAGUACAGAUUAUUCACCAUUUGAUGAUUCAAAAUGGACUUUAUUUGAAGCUGAUACAGCAUCAGCUAGUGAUGUAAAAAUAACACCAUGUACUGUUGCAUCACUUUCUAUAGGUGGAAGUCGUCCAAGUACAUCAGAAACACAUCCACUUGAAUUAAAAGCAUCUGAACAAACUUUAACUGAUUUAGCUCGUCAACCCGACAAUGAAGAUAAAACAAAUUCAUCAACGAAAUAUCCAACUGUUUGGUUAGGAUCAGGUGAUGGAUGGUUAUAUAUUCAUUCAGCGAUAAGUGAACAUCGAAAAACAAUUGAAAAAAUUUGGCUUCGGCAUGCUAUUUAUAGUAUUGUUCAUGUUCGUGGUCGAGUAUUUGUUACACUUGCUAAUGAAAAAAUGAUUGUAUUUCAUCGUAAUAUAGAUGGAACAUGGAAUUUAAGUAAUAUUCAUUUAAUUGUAACUGGUAAAAGUCGAGAAUCAGUACGAUGUAUGAUUAAUGUUGGAGACACAAUAUGGUGUGGUGUAGCUAAUCGAGUUUAUGUUAUUCAUACACAAACAUUAGAAGUUCGAAAACAAUUUGAUGUUCAUUCACGAUCAGAUCAUUCUGUUCAACAUAUGACUUGGUCUGGUGAUGGUGUUUGGUUAUCAAUUCGUUUGUCAAGUACUUUACAGUUAUAUCAUGCACAAACAUAUCAACAUUUACAAGAUGUUGAUGUACAACCAUAUGUUGAAAAAAUGAUUGCAACGGAAAAAGCUGGUCUUUAUUUUGUUCAUAUUAGUGCAUUGACGAUUGCAUGUCGUCGUCUAUGGAUUGGUACUGGUAAUGGUAUUAUUAUUUCUGUUCCACUUUCUGACAAUACAUCAACAACAACUGCAUCGAGUUCAUCAAUAACAACAAAACCUGGUUCUGUUGUUCGUGUCUAUGAUCAAACAUCAUCAAAUUAUAUUCCAUAUUGUAGUAUGAAUAAUGCCCAAUUAUCAUUUCAUGGUUAUCGUGAUGCUGUAAAAUUUUUUGUUGCUGUACCUGGUCAACCGCCAUCAAAAUUACUUCAUGAUGAUGAAACAAUAAAUUCAACAUUAACUGCAAAUACAACGGAUACAUCAGCAUUAGCAUUUGGUGAUAUACUUGUUGUAAGUGGUGGUGAUGGUUACAUUGAUUUUCGUAUUGGAGAUUCAACAACAGACAAAAUUGAUGAUAUAAGUACUAGCAAUAGAAAUAUAUCAUAUCUUAUUGUUUGGCAUUUGGGUUCAACGUAA